UCCGCAUACACGUGCGUGCAGGAGAUAUAUUUUUAAACAGCAUGUGCUCUUGGAGUGACGACGAGGUUUUUUAUUUUGUGUCCCUGGUUGAGCAGUUCCCGGCUUUGUGGGACUCGAGCCGGAAUGAUUACAAUGACAACGCGAAAAAGCGUUACCUGUGGAAUAAGGUAGCUGGAGAGAUGAACGAGAACUACCCGGAAAACGGACCGUAUGAAGUGGAUGUGCUGAAGGGCAUCUUCGCCAAUAAAAGGCGAACCUACAGAAAGGAGAAAAAGAAAGUCCGCACGACAACGAGCGGCCAGCCUGCAAGCGAGGUGUAUACUGGCAAGUGGAUUUUCUUCGCCGCAAUGCGGUUCCUGGAUGCUGUUCCGGAGCCAAACCACCGAUUUUGCAGCGGGGACUAUGGCAGCUCGGCAAGUUCAGCUAUAGAGCCUCACCACAACCGAGAUCUCCUGGCACCUGCAGAACAGAGUGGUGGGGAAGAAGGGGAGCUGUCCGUGAUGCUGGAGGAAAGCUCGAGCGCCAACUCCCCAACCACGUCGAGAAGAGUCGAGUCGCCGCCCACACUCAGCACAAAACGGCCGAGGCAGUUACGCUCCUCGGGGCCGUCAAGCGAAGACUGGGCCCAGAGGCAGUCAGUUUUGCGCACUAUUGCCUCAGCCAUGCAGCAACCGUCCGAGCCAAACGACGCCUCUUUUUUCUUUGCCAAAACGAUUGCGGCUCAUAUGAGGCAGCUGGACGCUGUGAAGCUGGUGCAGUGCCAGAAAGAAAUUCUGGACACAGUUGAAAAAUUUCUCACAAUGUAAAUAAAUGUGUGU